CCUACAAAUCAUUCGUUACGUCUCGUUGCACUGUGGCGAGUGAAAAUCAGUGAGAAAAUGUCCUUAAAAAGGAAAUUGACGCAAGAUGAUCUGCGUAAAGCGAUGAGCGAACACAAGAAGAAAUUCGGAAACGUCAAAAAGAUCGAUUCACCAUUAGCAAAAUAUUCAGAUUCAGGACAGCUAAUGUGCAUCUUAUGCAAAUCAGUGGUACGGAAUGAAACAAUUUGGCCUGUUCACUUAAAUUCCAAGAUGCACAAAGAUAAUGUUGCAUUAACGAAAAAGACCAAACUAGAAACAGAAAAUAUUGUAAAGAUACCUAAUGUACAAACAUUCAAAAGGCCUCCAUCUCCAUCUCAAAAUACUUCCCCAAAUAAAAAGAUAAAAGGAAUAUUGAAAAACUCUAGCCAGCCAGUGGUAUCGGCCAUGUCAAAUUUACCAGCAGAUUUUUUUGAUAAUAAUUCAAAGCAAGUCAACAGUGCAUCUGUUCUAACGCAAAAGUUAGAGAGCACAGAGAAAGAUUCCGUAAUUAAUACUGUAGAUAUACAACACGUUGAAGAAGAAGAAAAAGAAAAAGAAAAAGUAAAGGAUAUGAAUCUAGCUGUUCUUCCAGAAGGAUUUUUUGAUGAUCCAGUAAUGGAUGCUAAGGUUCGUAAUGUUGAAUACAAAGAUCCCAUUGAAGAAGAAUGGGAGAAAUUUCAAAAAGAAAUUAAGGAAGAAACUGCGCAGUCUGCACAAAUUAUAGCUGACGAUCAGGAGGAAGCAACAACAGAGAGGCAAUUAGAUGAAAUUGAGGAACAAAUUAGGCAUUGGUCUAGGGUAAUGGAUCUCGCAAAACGUAUGGAACAAGUGCAAGGUACCGAUAGAAAACAAGAAAAUAUUAAUGAUGAUGUAUCAAGUGGUGACGAAGCCGAGUUCGACGAAUUUCUCGAUUGGCGAGCAAAGAAUUCAUAUAAAUGA